ACAAGAAACUGGGGAACGUAAUAGAGGGCUGACUGCACCAGGAAGAAGACUGAGCGCGAGCAGAAGUCGCAAGCAGAGAAGGAACACAAAGCAACGACAAAGAAUAUACCGAACACUAAGGAAAAUAAAACCAAUAAGUUAACCCAAAGUUAAGCUCCACCCUCUGCCACCCCCACCUGUAGUAGUCUUUCUGUGGCAGGGCUGAGUGCUGCUCAGACAGGUGAAGCACCUCAGCUCUCUCCUCGCUGACAGUUCUGUGAGCUAUCUGGCAAGCAUGUGUGACCAGCAUCAGACCUCACAAGAUGCUGGCGUGGGUUUGGCACUGCAGAGGACCUCAGGACUCCACCCCUAUGACCCCCUCCCAGUGGUAAUCAUUGGUAACGGCCCGUCUGGCAUCUGCCUGUCCUACCUCCUGUCUGGCCACAGGCCCUAUGUGAAGGCAGGAGCGUCUCACCCCAAUCCCAUUCUGCAUCGGAAGCUCCAGGACAUCGGCGGGAAGUGCCUGCUGGAGCAGGUAAACCUGGAGUACCUCUCGGAGGGGCUGGAGGGGCGCUCGCACAGCCCGCUCGGCCUGCUGCUGGAUGCACUGCUCCGCCCAGAUGGCGACCUGGGGGGGCCGGCGGAGCCGCUGCUCUCCUGGCGCCGAGAGCCCCAGCACCGUGUCGCGCACUGCGUGUUGGGAAAAGGUCCAGUGGGAGGAGCCUGGCAGGUAAUGGAGCCCUCCAUGGUGACUCUCAGCCUAGGAGAGUGGAUGGAGCUACCAGACCUCCCCUUCAGAGACUGGAUAAAGAAGAGGGGAAGGCAGCUGAGGAACAACCGCGCGACCACUAGGGACAUCAGCCAGUAUUACGAGCAUUACGUGCAGGCCAAGUCCCUGCAGGAGCACUUCUGCAGCGGCCGGCUGGUGACCUCUGUCCGGAAGCUUCCCCUGGAUGCCUGGAAAGAUGAGUCCUCAGAUCUCCCUAGAACACUCUUUGAGGUCCAGGGAGUGUGGGAAACAGCGAAUGGCGAACAGAGUCCAUUUUGCCUCUAUGCCCAGAACGUGGUGCUGGCCACGGGUGCUUCCGAUUGCGCCACCCGGCUGGGUGUGGAGGGAGAGGAGCCACCCAUGGUCUUCCAUACUAUCAGGGACAUAGAGAGGGCGCUGAGGGAGCGCCAACUUGGUCCCAGUUCUGACCCACUGCUGGUGGUGGGGGCGGGGCUUACGGCGGCCGACGCCGUGCUAUUGGCCCACCGCGGCAGUGUGCCCAUCCUGCACACCUUCCGCCGUGCCGUGCGAGACUCCGCCCUCGUGUUCAACCAGCUGCCCCCGCUCAUGUUCCCAGAGUACCACAAGGUGUACGCCAUGAUGAGCCAGCAGCCGCUCGCCGGCGGUGGGUCCUACCGCGGCUACACCAGCCUGCCCGGUCACCGCGUGCUGCACUUCCACCCUGAGGGGGCGGCCACGUUGGAGGAGGGGGCCACCGGCAAGAAGAGGGUCGUCAGCAUCUCCAUGGCGCUGGUGCUGAUCGGCUCCAACCCCAAUCUGUCUUUCCUUCCUGACGGUGGGCGUGGCCUCGCCCUUGAUCCCAGUCAGCCCGUCAAUGCCAAGCACAACCCCAUCGACACUGACUCAUUCUCGUACGAGUGCAUGCAGGAGCAGGGUCUCUACGCCCUGGGCCCCCUUGCCGGUGACAGCUUUGUGCGGUUCCUGCAGGGCGGGGCUUUGGGUGUGGCCACCUCGCUGAUGAAGAAGCAGGCGCUGGUAUAGCCCAUCAUCACUAGUUGCCUGUGCAGACAUUUUCAUAAAUGCUGUUGAACCUUACAUUCACAUUUACUGCAUUGGGAAGAGGCCCAAAAGCCUGAGCGGCUUAUAACAUACGUGCUUAGGAGUCUCACCAGUCAAUACAUUCUAAUGCUGGUUCAGCAGAUCCCUACUAGCCACACAAUCACUCUAAAAACUCUUGGCAAGUAAUGAAUUUUUUCCAGGAGUAUAAUCCUGAAAGUGCUAAUCCAAGUGCUUCCGAAAGAGGUAGGUGGAGCCUGGAAUUCUUGGAUCGAUAUUUAGUUUUCCUUUAUAUACAUUUUUAUAUACUUAAUUUACCGUUUUGUAUGUGUAUAUGUAUGUUUGGUGCCUUAAAAUUUGAUUCAUGUACAGAAACGUAUGACUGAGAAUUGCACACAUGAAGGUCUCUGACUUUUCGACCACUUCAUUCAUGCUUUUACAUCGAUAUGUCACGUAAAAGACGGCUUCAUCAUCAAAACAACUUUACAUGUUCAGUGUUUGUAUCGUGGAAACGUGCUUAAAGUUAAUUAUGUGUUUAUGUAUGUCUGUCGCUGCAUCCUGUGUGAUUAGGUUACUCAUAUUUAUGAUAAUUUCACGUUGCACAAUGGACACUGAGAUCAGCCCUGCCCCUUACUGUGAAAGAUUGUAAUUGUUUUGUAAUAUAUCAUUUCAGACAGAGGAAAAUAAUUAUAUCUGGCGAGUUAAUUGUGCUCAGUGUUCAGUUGAGCUCAUUUAGCAUCAAAUGGACUCUGAAAAACAUUCUGUCUGUCUACGGUUAACUAGAUCCAUGCAAUUAAUUUACUUCUCUGGGAUUCAUUAAGUGUUUCACCCCUAAUUCACUCUAUAAUUAUUCUCACAGCGAACACUUUUUCCUGUGUCACACCAUGGCUUUUAAACUAAAAAUUUCUCUGCCAUUUUGAUGACAAACGUAGAACGAUAUUUCCUCUCUCUUGCUGUUGUUUUACUUCGAAGUCCCUUUACACCUUUACAAAAUCCCCUGGGUAACUAUUGUUCAAGACGUCUCCUUCUCAGCAGCUACACAGAGCGAGCGUGACCACACACAUACCACACCUUGCCAGUUGGGCGCUUAAUCAGUCAUGACUGAAAAUUUAGCCAAGAUUGGCCAGAAAUGCUAACAAUGUGGUAUAAAAGGUAGUGGCAACUGGUUUAUGACGCAGUAUAACGUAAAAUGAAGAUCAAGUUAUGUCACAGGAUGUGUUUUGCCGCUAGUAAUACACUAUAUGGACAAAGGUAUUUGGACACCUGGCCUUUACACCUACAGGAACUUUAAUGACAUCCCAUUAUAAUUACAUAGGCAUCAAUAUGGAGCUGGUCCCCCCUCUGCAGCUGUAACAGCUGCCACUCUGCUGGGAAGGCUUUGCAUCAGACUUUGGUGUGUGUCUGUGGGAGUCAUUGAUGUAGGACGUGAAGGCCUGGCUUGCGAUCUCCGUCCUUGUUCAUCCCAAAGGUGUUUGAUGGGGUUGAGGUCAGGGCUCGGUGCAGGCCAGUCAAGUUCUUCCACACCAAACUCACCCAACCUUGUCUUUAUAGAACAUGGCUUGCGCUCUGGGGCGCGGUCACACUGGAUCACAAAAGGGCCUUUCCUGAACUGUUCCCACAUAGUUGGAAGCAUAGAAUUGCCCAAAAUAUCUUGACAUGCAUACUGUCAAGCUACGUCGCAUUCACCCCGACGAGGAAAAGCUCUGUUAUGGCAGCGAAUGUCAGAUACUGUUCUGUUACAUUUUUGCAACAAUAGGUAACUUGUCUAAUAUAAACUGAACAAGUCUAGGCGCUACAUUUUUUCAAAACUGGAAGCAGUGCACGGGACAUGUAAGCGUAGAUUAAAUUGGAAACAAAUUUGAAAAGAAUGGUAAUGAGUACAGUUAGGGUGGUACGAGAGCUAUACACUUACAGAUAUUGUGUAAGACAAUUUCUCAGCAAAGGGGAAAGCUGCUUCGAAUUGAACCAGCAGCUUUUGACUAAUUCAUUUUUAGUACAAGUACCAGCGGGGUUGGAUCCCAAUUGUUUUCGUUGCCGGUAGAGGGCAGUAUAAGAGAAGCAGGGAAACACACCAGCCUAAAGCAGGCAGUCCUUUCCUUGAAAAAAUACUGGAAUUUCUACAUAUUUUGUAGUUACUUCAGCACUUCAAGCGCAUAUUCCUCAUCAGGCCCAUGAAUAAAAUUUAAAACUGGGAGAGUUUUUCCAUAUUCAUUGUCCUUCUACAUUUUGAUACCCAUUAAUACUCUGCAACCAUUUGCUGAAUAAGUGGUUGUAAGACGGAAUGUAUUUUCUCUCGUAAAUGUGUGCUAUUUUUCAAGUAUUAAGUGAUUAAUACUAAUUAUAUGAAGGUAAGGCAGGAAGUACUAGAAUUAAAUGCAGGGGCUUUUUACACUGA